AGGAAGUUAGCCCGACUCCAUGUUUACGGAAGUCGAGGGAAACCGUCAACGAACGCUUUUCUGCUCAUUCCUUGUUCGUUUUUUUUCAUUUGUAAAAUCUUAAAUUGACCUUUUUUUGUGUACUUUUCUAUAGUUUCGACGCUCACGCUGACCGCAAUGUGGGACCACGAGAUCCGAGCCAUGGCGAGCACCCACGCCAUCAUCGCCGCGUCGGUGAUCGUGGCGACCGUGGUGCCCGCUGCUCUCCGACCGGGGUUCUCGGUGUAUGGAACCCACCUUCUGUGGCUCUACUCGGUGUCCGGGGCGGUCACCUCGGUCAGUGUCGCCAUCUUCUGGCUGCUCGGCAUCUCCCCGCCGACCAAGAAGCACACACUGGGAUACAAGCUGUCAAGGUUGUUCCGUUCCUGUUUGUACUUCUUCCUGUCCUGCUUGUUCUUCCACGCAGUCGUGGUUCUCUACGGCGCCCCGCUGAUCGAAUCGGCGGUGGAAACUUUCUCUCUGGCCGUGCUGCUGUCCUCCCUCACCACCCUGAGGUGUCUCUGCGUCCUCGGCCCCAACGUCCAGGCCUGGAUCAGAGUGUUCAGUCGCCACGGGGCCAUGUCCGUGUGGGACACCUGUCUCCAGAUCACUGUGGCCCUUACGGUGGUGGGAGCUUGGGUGGGAGCCUUCCCGAUUCCUCUGGACUGGGACAGGCCUUGGCAGGUUUGGCCAGUUUCCUGCAGCCUGGGCGCCAUAUUUGGCUACCUGUCGGGUCUGGUGGUGGCGCCGGUGUGGAUCCACUUCCAUCGCAAGCAGCUCACCUACAAAUGUAAAUAGAUGUGCACUCCUGAUAUUUAUUUGGAACAUUUAAAGACUGAACAAAAGGGCGACACUGGGGGUCCAAUGUUUUUUUUUUACAGAUAAUAGAAGGAUUAUGUCUUAUGUUAGCUUUGCGUUUGGCGUUAGGGUUUUUCAUUAGCCUCACUUUUCCUACGACUUUUUUUGUAUUAAUGGAGCCAAACAUUACACGUAACAAAUAAGCCAGUCUGUUAGGGCUGGACCCCAGGGUGCAGAGGCACAGGCGACGUGCAUGAAGGAUUCUUAAAUCAUACUCGCAUAGAGAAAAGCCACAUGUCUGGACAAAAAUAAAGGCCGGCGUAGUGGUUUGUUAAAGAAGGUGAGAAACACUA